AUGCACCGACUAGUGUCUCUCCUCUACUUUAUUCUGGGCUCGUGGGCUAUUUCAAUUUCAUCUCGUGAAGCCGCAAACGCUUCUGAAGCAUUCAUUACCUCUGUCACUCUGUCUAGCGAUGGACUAUCGUACUACACAGUGAUUGGAUUGGGUGACAUGAACUUCCGCGUUUCCCUCGAUACCGCGUCUUCGGAUCUAUGGAUAAUGGCCUCAUCAUGCUCAACAUCCGCUUGCCAAACUGUUCCUCGAUAUCCUCUCACUUAUGAAAGUACAACCUACCAAUCUGUCAAUGAAAAUUCCACUCAGUUUGUUGCUGAAUAUGCGGAUGGGACCAUUGCCGGCGGAUUUGUUGCAAAAGAAAGUUUUCAUCUAUCGAACCUGACUGUGCCAAAUCAGGCUUUCGCUUUGAUCACUGACUCAAAUGUCACAAUGACUGACGACAUCAGUGGCAUCCUUGGACUUGGCUUUCCCCGCAUAUCGACCAUCAAUGCCACAUCUACUAAUUCUACACCUUUCUUCCCUAGUCUUGCGCAACAAGGAUUAUUGCAGUACCCCCUGUUCGGUCUUAGCUUAACUCGAAAUAGUACGGGAACUCUUUCUCUCGGGGCUAUCGACUCUUCUGUCGUCACCAACCUUAGUAAUGUUGAAUGGAAUCCUGUCGUAGAGUUUUCACCCUUCGGUAACGAGAGUAACUCCUCGAGUUACUAUCAAUGGGCUAUACCGUUGACAAGCCUCUCGGUGAAUGGGACAUCAGUUGCACUUUCCCCGUCUUAUCCCACAGUCACAGGGAACCAUUCUAUUGCAAUAUUCGACGUGGGCACUCCUGGAAUAUAUGGGCCAUGGGCAGAUGUCUCAAAGCUCUUUUCAACAUUCGCUAGCGCGCGCCUCGUCAAUGAAGCUGUUGGUCAAUGGGCUGUCCCUUGCGACUCAGCCAUCACUUUAUCUUUCACGUUCGGUCAACGAAACUUCACCCUCCAGCCUACAGACUACAUCAUUGGAGAAACUUCAGGCGAUCCCGGACUAUGUUUAGCUUGGCCUAUAGCUCUUGACCCCAGUCCAGAUGGCAUCGACUGGCAGUUUGGUACCCCGUUCAUGCGCACUGUCUACACCGUUUUCAGCUAUGGCAUUGAUACACUAGAGCCUCCCAUGAUUGGUCUCUACUCUCUUAGUAACGCUACGGCCCCGGAAUCGACUUUGCUCAUAAACUCGUUUCUUGCAUCCGCAUCCGAAGUCAUCGGUACUACACUCCCAAACUCUCUCUUGUUGACACCGACUGCCACUACGCCAGCUUACUCUUUCAACACUUCUGUGCCGGCAUCCACAGGUGCCAUCGUUCAAGCUGCUCUUGCUACCAGUACCUACAGCCCUAUCUUCGGCGCUGUAACUACUAUACCUGAUUCAGCAACCUUAAAUCUUUCUGCUAUACCUCUUAUACAGCCUUUACCUACUGUUGCAACGUACACAGUCACAGACUCCGCUGGGAUGAUCAGCACCUCUGUCUCACGUAUCUCGAUACCUUCCAUCGUACUGGGUGCUCCUCCCGGCUGGAGCAGUGCUGGGUUCACCGUGCGCGCACCGGCUUUCACUUUAUUACUAUCAUUUGUCGUUUUCCCGUCGCUGCUCUCCUCGCUGUUGCACUGUACAUCAUUGGACUUCUCAUGA